GGUUCUCUCUGCGUGCCUUUGUCUCUCUGGGUUCUCGCCGGAGCCCCACGCCCACCUGCCUCUGAGUCCUGGAAGACAGGGGCGGCUCCCUCCGCCCCCCAGCACCAGGGAAAAUGGGGAGCAAGGCCCUGCCGGCGCCCAUCCCGCUCCACCCGUCGCUGCAGCUCACCAAUUACUCCUUCCUGCAGGCCGUGAACACCUUCCCCGCCGCGGUGGACCACCUGCAGGGCUUGUACGGUCUCAGCGCCGUGCAGACCAUGCACAUGAACCACUGGACGCUGGGGUACCCCAACGUGCACGAGAUCACCCGCUCCACCAUCACCGAGAUGGCGGCGGCGCAGGGCCUCGUGGACGCACGCUUCCCCUUCCCGGCUCUGCCCUUUACCACCCACCUCUUCCACCCCAAGCAGGGAGCCAUUGCCCAUGUCCUCCCAGCCCUGCACAAAGACCGGCCCCGUUUUGACUUUGCCAACUUGGCCGUGGCCGCCACGCAAGAGGACCCCCCUAAGAUGGGAGACCUGACCAAGCUGAGCCCGGGGCUAGGUAGCCCCAUUUCGGGGCUCAGUAAAUUGACUCCGGACAGAAAGCCCUCCAGAGGGAGGUUGCCCUCCAAAACGAAAAAAGAGUUUAUCUGCAAGUUUUGCGGCAGACACUUUACCAAAUCCUACAACUUGCUCAUCCACGAGAGGACCCACACGGACGAGAGGCCAUAUACGUGUGACAUCUGCCAUAAGGCCUUCCGGAGGCAAGAUCAUCUGCGGGAUCACAGGUAUAUCCAUUCCAAAGAAAAACCUUUCAAAUGUCAGGAGUGUGGGAAAGGAUUUUGUCAGUCUAGAACUCUAGCGGUUCACAAAACUUUACAUAUGCAGGAAUCUCCACACAAAUGUCCCACAUGUGGAAGAACCUUUAAUCAGAGAAGUAAUCUGAAAACUCACCUUCUCACCCAUACAGACAUCAAGCCCUACAGCUGCGAGCGGUGCGGCAAAGUGUUCAGGCGAAACUGUGAUCUGCGGCGGCACAGCCUGACUCACACCCCGCGGCAGGACUUCUAGAGAAGCCCAGGAUGUGUCCCGUGCCGCCGCUGCUCCCCUCCCCAGACACUUCUCCACGCCUCCCACCCAAGGGUCGCACCCCCAACCCCUCACUGACCCCAGCUCUUCCCUUGCUGUAGCCGCACCUGCAGCUCCAGGGAGUUAACUCUUCUUCUCGAGGACUGAGGACUGUAGAAAGCCACACAAGUACAUCCCUUCACAGAGUAUAUGCUAGUUUCUUGUAGAUAUUCACAGCUCAUUUUAGAGCUCUGUACAUAAUGUCGUGGGUCUUCGUUUUGUUGUUUUGUUUUGUUCGUUUUUGUAUCUUGUUGGAUGCACCUAGAUAUGGAAAAUGGAAGCCAAAUUUAUCUUUAAAGAGUGUAUUUUCAAAAUAAAACCUUUUCUUGUUUGUUUCAA